AUGUUAUUUGGAAAAAUUUUAAUUCUUUUUUUCCUGUUGCAUUUUGUUGAUCUUCAACUUCAAAUAAAUUUUUAUCAAACAAAUUGGAUAAAUGAAGAUCAUGAUUUUGAACAUGAUUGUUUAAAUAUUGUUUCAUAUACACGCGAAGAAUCUAAUGAUCGCCAAAUGAUGUCUUACUGUAUGACGAAAUGGCCGUCAAAAUUUCCUAUUCAAGAUAACACUUUUGAUAAAAAAUUAACAUUUUUCGAACUAUCACAACAACAUGUAACAAGUGAACAAUUAUAUAUAUGGUCAGCACCCAUUGAUCUUAUUGAACAGUAUCAAUAUUAUUUAAAUCGACAAUCAUAUUUCGAUUCAACAUCAUCAUUAGCAAAUCAAGUCUUUUAUAAUUGUACUUUACCAUAUUUUGGCUCGAAAUGUCAAUAUAUGUUUAAUAAUUACAAUUAUAAUUAUUCAUCAUUAAAUGAAAUUAUAUCUAAUUAUUAUGAAUAUAAUCGAUAUCAACCAACUUUAUUUACUUGUUACAUUCAUUUAGAAUGUAAUCGAGGACCAUCUCCAUCAUGUCUUGAUUGGACAGAAAUUUGUGAUGGAAAAUUUGAUUGUCUUGAUAGUAGAAUAGAUGAAGAACAUUGUUGGCAACUUGAAAUACAUCAGUGUAAUGACGAUGAAUUUCAAUGUUCUUAUGGUCAAUGCGUGCCGAAAACAUUUGUUCAGGAUGCUUCAAUGAUUCCUGAUUGUCUUGAUCAAUCGGAUAAAACGACUCGCAGUAUUCGAAAUCCCAGUACGUUAUUUGUCAUGGAUAUAAAAGAGCCAACAUUUAUGUAUGAAGAUAUUUCAUGUGCAAGAACCAAUCGAUUCGUAUAUUCUCUUCGUUUACUUACAAGCUCAUGUGUUCUAAGUCGUGAAGAUCUUUUAUCGCAUGCAAUGUUAUCAAUUAAACCAAACUUAAUAACUGAUGAAUGUUGGGCCGCAUUUAGGUGUGUCAUACAAAUGCCAAUUCCAUCAAAAGAAUUUUGUUUAAUACUAUGUAAUAAUGAAGUAUGCGAUAGUAUAAUAGACAAGAUGUGUCCAGAUAUGAUAUAUAUUUCAACAUAUCCAUUUUUUCAUGAUCGUUUUUAUGUGGUAUACAACAAAUCUCGACUGAAAGAUGCAAUUUAUAUGCCUAAACCUACAUAUGUUUGUUACGAUAAUGAAUUUCUUGAUGUACCGAAUGAUACUAAGAGAUUAUUCAUAUUCAAUAAUAAAACUUGCCGUCGUUAUGAUGAUUCAAUUACUGGUAACGUUGGUUUCUUCGAACCGAAAUGGAUACAGUUAAGCAUUAAUCUUAUAUUGAAAUGGUUACAUAAAACUACAACAUUGACUUAUAACAAUCCUGUUUUUUGUGAUAGAUCGAUCAUGUAUCAAUGUAUAAAUUCGUCAAAAUGCAUUAUGAAGACUCGUCUUUUCGAUAACAUUGCUGAUUGUUAUUAUCACGAUGAUGAAGAUCCAUCUACAUUUAAUAAUACGGACUUACAACAACUUCAAAAUAUAUUCAGAUGUAAAACAAUUGAAGAAUAUUUUCCAACUUAUUUCGUUAAUGAUACAGACUGCGAUUGUAGGACGCCUGGAGAUAGUUAUUGUGCUGAUGAAAAUUCCGCUGAAUCUUAUUUUAGGAAAACAAUUUCAUUUCAAACGAUCUGUGAUAAAGAAAUUCAUUUAAUGCCACAAAUUUUUGGAGAUACUGAAACAGAUGAAACAAAUUGUGAUCAAUGGCCACUGAUGCAUAUAUAUAAUCGUUGUGAUGGUUUCUGGCAUAUUCCUGAUGGUUCGGAUGAAUUAAAUUGUGAUUUAUCAUUAUCAUUAUUAAAUUGUUCUGAAAAUGAACAUGUAUGCGUUUCAUCUAAAACAGACGAAUUAAUUUGUUUAUCUAUCGAACAUGUUAAUGAUAACAUUAAUGAUUGUAUAGGUGCUGCUGAUGAACGAAAAAUAUGUCGACAAAAUCAAUUAGGUUCUAAAGAUGCAAAGCUAUUCGCUUGUAACAAUACGAAAUAUGAAAAAAACUCGACAUGUCUGCCCGGUGAUUAUUUAUGUAAUGGUGAAAAUGAUUGUUCUAAUAACGAAGAUGAACGAAUUUGUAAAGGUAAUGAUAUUUUAUCAUCUUCGUUGGACAAGGGUAUUUGUGCAUAUAAUUAUGAAUUAUAUGGUUCUGAUAUUGCAAAAGCACUUUGUAGACUUUUUGUUAAUAAUGGAAAACGUUCAACAAGAUAUUUUACAUUAGAUCAAAGUCAAAAUUCACUUGGACAUUAUUCUGAAGAUGGAGAGACUCCCCUAUUAAUAUAUCAAAUUCAAGAAAUCCCAAGAAAUAUUUAUAACUAUCAGCAACGUUGUCAUCGAGGUCUUGAUGUACAAAUAUUUUUAGAUAAACAAAAAAAUUUAACAAAAAAUGUUUGUCUUUGUCCACCAAGUUUCUAUGGAGAUAUCUGUCAAUAUCAAAAUCAACGAAUUAGUCUUACUUUACAAUUUCGUGAUACAACAAAUUCUACACAAAUUUUAUAUAAUAUUAUUAUUACAUUAAUUGAUAAUAGUAAUGAACGAAUUAUUCAGUCUUCUCAACAAUUUAAUUAUUAUUUCAAAAAACAUUGUCAAAAAAAAUUUCAUUUCUAUUUAUUAUAUUCAACUCGACCAAAAGAUUCAACAAAAGAAUAUUCGAUACAUCUAGAUUUUUAUGAUAAAUUAACAUUAGAUUAUCAUGGAAGUAUUAUAAAAUCAGUAAAUUAUUCAUUCCUACCUGUUCAACGUCUUGCUUUUCAUUUAGAAUUUCCUUAUAAUUAUGAGAAUAUUUCUAAUUGUUUAGAUAAACAAUGUAUUCAUGGUAAAUGUAUAAAAUAUUUUCAUGAACCAAAUAAUAAAAGAUUUUGUCAAUGUAAUGAAGGAUGGUCUGGCCAAUAUUGUACAAUUAAGCAUACAUGUUUAUGUUCAUCUCAAUCAUUAUGUAUUGGUAAAUUAGCAAAUAAUCAAUCUUUAUGUGUUUGUCCUUUGAAUAGAAUGGGUCCUCAAUGUUUAAUUGAUAAUCAAUUAUGUCAAAGUAACCAAAUAUGUCAUUAUCGUGGCCGUUGCAUACUUAUAGAUGAAUAUGAAACACCAGAAAAUAAAUUUUUAUGUAUUUGUUCAAAAGACUUCUAUGGUGAUAGAUGUGAAUUAUCUCGAACAAGACUUAUUAUAUCAGUUGAUAAAAAUUUUCAUUUAUCUUCAUCAAUAUUUAUCCAUUUUAUUGAAAUAAAAACAAAUGAUUUUCCUAUUCGUACUACUACUUUUAAAAAUAUUCGAUUACAACAAGAUUCACUUAUUAUUUAUUGGUCAUUACCAUUUCAUAUUGCAUUUAUUGAAUUAUUAAAUAAAAGUUAUUAUUUAAUUACAACACAAAAAAUCUAUAAGCAAUCAGCAAUAAUUCACACAUCAUUAAAUUUAUUUAAUCGAUGUUUAGAUAUAAAAGAAUUAUUUAAUGAAACAUUUUUUAAUUAUACUCUACUUUAUCGUAUAAAAUUUUAUCAUAUGCCAUGUCAAAUGAAUGCAUUAUUAUCAUGUUUUUAUGAUGAACAACGUUUUUGUUUAUGUCAACAAAUUAAUCAACAGCGUGUAGCUAAUUGUUUUGAUUUCGAUCCUUAUACAGAAUCAAAUUGUUCGAGUCAGUAUCAUUGUGAAAAUGGUGGUAAAUGCUUUCAAGAAGAUUCAAAAUGUCCAAAAUAUUUCCAUUGUCAAUGUCCUGUAUGUUAUUAUGGAACAAGAUGUCAAUUAAAUACAGAUGGUUUUAGUCUUUCACUUGAUGCUAUUCUUGGUUAUCAUAUUUAUCCAAAUAUAAAUAUAUUCAAUCAACCAAGUGCAGUUUUAACAAGUUCAAUAUUAAGUACAAUUAUACUUAUCAUGGGGAUAAUUAAUAGUAUUUUAUCAUUAAUUACAUUUAAAAAUAAAAAAACACAUGAUUCAGCUUGUGGAAUAUAUUUGUUAUGUACAUCAAUAAUAACUUUAUUAUUAAUAAUUAUAUUUACAUUCAAAUUUUGGAUUCUUAUUAUGGCUCAAAUUGGAUCAAUACAGAAUGAAUUAUUUUUAAACAUACAAUGUCAUUCAGUGGAUUUUCUUUUAAAGUUUUGUUUAACAAUGGAUCAAUGGUUAACAACAUUUGUAUCUGUUGAAAGAGCAUAUAUAACAAUAAAAGGAAUUGGUUUUAAUAAUAAUAAAAGAAAAUCAUUAACUAAAUGGAUAAUAUUAGGUCUUAUAUUAAUAACAAUUGUUACUAAUGUUCAUGAUCCAAUUUAUCGACGUUUACAUACGGAAGAAGAUGAUGAAGACAUAAGAAUUUGGUGUAUUGUUAAAUAUCCACCUGUUAUUGAUAUUGUGAAUUCUGUUAUGAAUAUUUUUCAUUUUAUUGCUCCAUUUAUUAUUAAUUUAACAUCAGCAAUCAUCAUUAUUAUUAUAAAUGCUAGACAACGGGCAAAACUUAAAACUAAACAAAAGUAUAUAAAAAUAUUACAAGAACAGAUUCAACAACAUAAAAGUCUUCUUAUUGGCCCAUUUGUUUUAAUUAUUUUUAGUAUUUCACGUGUAAUUAUAUCAUUUGCAUCAGGUUGUAUGAAAUCAAUGACAGAUUCUUGGUUAUUUCUUUUUGGAUAUUUUAUGUCAUUAAUACCACCAUUGCUUACAUUUGUUUUAUUUGUUUUACCAUCCACUACAUACAAACAAGCAUUUAAAAAAGCUAUUAGUCGAUAUCGAAAUAUAUUUCGAAGACAAUAA